AUGGGAAGCAAAAGCAAUAGCAACAACAACGUGGUGUAUGUAGAGAGCAUACUAGUCCCAAUGAGCCUCUUCCUCACAAUAGGCUACCAUGCCUAUCUAUGGCAAAAGCUGAAAACCAAGCCGUCCCAAACCACAAUCGGCAUGAACAUGCUCAAGCGCCGCUCAUGGCUGCGUCAGCUCAACCAAGGCGACGACAAGAAGGGCAUGUUCGCCGUCCAAAGCCUCCGAAACAGCCUGAUGUUCGCCAUCCUCACCGCCACCGUGACCGUGAUCAUCACCCUAUGCCUCGCCGCCCUCACCAGCAACGCCUUCAACGCUGCGGACAUCCUGGCGGCCUCGGGCCUUUUUGGCUCGCAGUCGCCGAGGAUCAUGGUGCUCAAGUACGCGUCGUCGUCCAUAUUCCUGCUGGCGAGCUUCCUCUGCAGCUCGAUGGCGGUCGGGUUCUUGGUGGACGCCAACUUCCUGAUCAAUGCGAUCGGGGAGUUUGCGCCAGGGGGAGGAGGGUACACGGAGGCGGUGGUGGAGAGGGGGUUUGCGGUGGCGGUGGUCGGGAAUAGGGUGUUUUGUAUGGCGCUGCCGCUUAUGUUGUGGUUAUUCGGGCCGCUGUCGGUGGCGAUCUCCUCCGCCGCGCUCGUGUGGGGGCUCUAUGAGCUUGAUUUUGUUGCUUCUCUCUCCACAAUUGUUGUUUGA